GGAAGAGUCGUAAGUCUCUCCAAAAUGGCGACGACCAUAGAAAGUGGCAAUGCAGGAGCUGCAAAUAAGAAAAAACACCUCGGAAUCCCUGAAGCAAUAUUUGUGGAAGAUGUGGACGCCUUCAUGAAGCAGCCGGGCAAUGACACAGCAGACGCCGUGCUGAGGAAGCUGGAUGAACAAUAUCAGAAAUAUAAAUACAUGGAGCUCAAUCUGGGGCAGAAGAAACUCAGGUUGAAAAGCCAAAUUCCACAAAUCAAACAGACAUUAGAAAUCCUACGGCACAUGCAGAAAAAGAAGGACACCACAGAUCCCAUGGAGACACAUUUUCUGUUGGCUGAUAACGUCUACUGCAAGGCCUCUGUUCCACCUACAGAUAAAGUGUGCUUGUGGCUUGGGGCUAAUGUCAUGUUGGAGUAUGACAUUGAUGCGGCCCAGGCGCUGUUGGAGAAAAACUUGGCCACAGCGUCCCGGAAUCUGGACUCUCUGGAAGAGGAUCUGGACUUCCUUAGAGAUCAGUUCACAACCACUGAAGUCAAUAUGGCACGUGUUUACAAUUGGGAUGUCAAGAGAAGGAGCAAAGACAACCUCCUCAAAUCUGCUGAGCGGUCCUAGUGUGAUCAAUCCCUUCCCCAUCAGAAGAUUCACCCCCAUGUAUCUGUUUGCACCAACAUCAACUGUUAUCUAUUGAUUUAUUACUUUUUAAACUAUUUUUUCAAGUAAAAAGGUGAAGAAAAAAAUCAAACAAAAGUAAUAACGGUAGUUUUCUUGUUUUGUUUUUUAUAAUGAUUUCUAAGUUUGUUUCAGAUAGGGCAUCUCCUCACAGGGUCUAUACAUCGUCUUCCUCUGUGCCCUUUUUCUUCUUUCAGAUCUGUUAAAGCUAAACUGUUUAAAAUCUUACCAUAUCUUGGUAAGACUCUGUAAAAAAAACUGCAGCAGAUUGUCAGGGGGAUGUCAUUUCAUUUAUCCUCCUUUCUUCCUCCAGCCUUUUCUGAACUUUUACUCCUCUCAUGUGUUUUUCAUCUGUACUCAUUUCUCAAACUGUAGCCA